ACCCCUAGGGUCCUGGCUCUUGCCCAUGACCAAAUUUGGGGUCUCAAAAUUGCAGAGGAGCCAUUGUUUCAGAGAUGGGUUUUCCAAGUAGAAGGGGAUUGGUUCAUCUGUUACUGAUCUUUUUGUUCUUUUUGCACCUUAUCUCUUCAAAAGCUGUUCCUUUAUCGAGAAGCAUCUCAUUGUUGGAAGAAGACCAACCUACAGUACUGGAAACGGCGCAGCAGGUUUAUGAUGGAGAUUUAUUUGAGGAAAACACAAUCCAUGGUCGGAUAUUGAUCGAAACUAACGAUUAUCCGGGUUCAGGGGCCAAUAGUCGCCAUGACCCUAAAACUCCGGGGCGAAGGUGAAAUAAAUUGAACAGGAACACAGUCCAGUGCCCUAAAGACAUAAAUCCUGUAUAAUACUCAUCACUCAACCUGCUUCCCUUCAAGUGCCAUUGACAAACAUCUCUCAAGCUGCUCCUUUCCCUCUUCCUUUCUAGUGCCAUUGACAAAUGUUGCAGAGCUUUUUUCUUGUCAACCAUUAAGUUUGGUGUUAUGAUCCCAUGGUGUAUGCUCUUUUUGUUAUUGUGUCCACCAUUAAGUUUGGUGUUAUGAUCCCAUGGUGUAUGCUCUUUUUGUUAUUGUGUCCACCAUUAAGUUUGGUGUUAUGAUCCCAUGGUGUAUGCUCUUUUUGUUAUUGUGUCCACCAUUAAGUUUACUGUUCAUUGUCAUUUAGACUAGAAAAAGAGUUUUGAGGGAUUGAUGUUA